CAGAUGUGGUGGUACCCUCCCCAGCCACGCCUGCAGUAUCAUCAGCCUCCCGCGUCGCCGGACGUGUUCUUCACCUGGCCGCUGUGUUUGUGGAUGCCCUACAGGAUGUGGUCCUACAAGCUGAUCUGCAGCUCGCCAAACUGCAGACGGUCUGGUCAGCGACUGACAUCAUGUGGGCUCUACAAGACAGUGAGGCGGGUGCUGAAUUUACACGGCUGGUAUUUUCUGGCAACAGAAUACCUGGAGUGUCAGCGCUGCCACAAGAAGCUGGCCGCGUGGUCGUACGACAUCCUGGACCAGCUGGACCCGGCUCACCGCAGGAUGUUCCCAGCCAUCCUCACUUACCGGUUCUCUUGUGAUAUGCACGUGGCAAAGUUGAUGAGGGAGCGCUCUCUCGGCAACAGCGUCUCUGCUAUAUCACAAGCUGUGUGAACUGCAUAGUGAGGAAUGGAUGGAGAGGUCCCUGCGAUACCUCUCUGUGUGUGACCGGUUCCGGGGUACCACCACACAGCCCAUCUCACCUCCACCACCCAUGCCGCCUGUACCGACCGCCAAGUGGCUCCUCUCUGUCCACGCAGAGGAUAUCCGGUCCCGGUAUGGUGAGCUCAAAGCCAGGGUCACCUCUGUCUUUGGGUCCAUCCUGAAGAUGGACUCCACAAAAAAGGUGGCCAAAAAACUGGCGGGAGCCGCAGCUGGGACCGCAGCCUGGGUCACCAAUGUGGGCAAUGAGCACGGACAGGUCCUCAUGUCUGUGCUCACCUCACAUGAGGGUCAGGGACUGCUGCCCAUGACAAAUGGCCUGGUGAAAAGGUACGAGGUGGCUGGAGUCGCUCCCCCUACUCUCCUGUAUGUGGACAGAGACUGCUGCUCUUCUGUGGGCACCUCCAGAGCAGGUGCCAUGUUCAGCGGCUGGAGAGACAUGGUGGUCCGUCUUGAUGUGUGGCACUUCAUGCGGCGCUUCGCCGCAGGUCUGCACACUGACAGCCACCCACUCUACGGUCUGUUCAUGGCAAAGCUGUCCACAUGCAUUUUUGUCUGGGAUGAGGGAGAUGUGUCUCUGCUGAGGGAGGCAAAAAUGCGGGAGCUGGAGCAACAGCAGGCCAUCAGAGGCCUCACUGAUGACCAGCUAACCAGCAUGCUCACCUCCAGACAGUAGGCGCUGCACUGUCGCCGCUGCACACGUGGCGUGGAGGAGACGGAGCAGCUGAUUGGUGCGUUGCUGGGGGCCUUCAUGGACGCCAGGGAAACCAUGGGCAUCCCCUUGGUGGACCAGGAGAGGAUGGACGUCAUCUGGGACACCCAAAGACGCCAC